AUGAGUGAUUCUUAAUGUUCUUUUGAUGCAUGCUGUGAUAGAGGUUAUGUCAGUUUAGGGGAUUGUAUUUGUGAUUUUGGAUUCUUUGGCGAUCAUUGUGAAUAAAAAAUUUCUGAUAUUUUCACUCCCUAAUACUAUAUUUUCAUUGGCUUAUAUUGUUUAGUGUUUUUAUACACAUUAAUAAAUGCAAGCUAUUAACUUUAUCAUAAAAUAUUUGAUAAAAGCUAAACUAUUCAAGAGAAGUAAUUGAGAAAUUGAAAUAGAUCUUAAAUAUCCAUUAAGCUAUUAGUAAAAUCUCCGAUAAAUAUAAUUUUAACGUUAUCUUGUUUACUCAGUUUAGUAAAGUUGCUUUGGUUAAUAUUGGAUCCACUUUAACUUUAUGUAAAUUUUAUAGAUAUAAAAGAAAGGAAGAAUAAUUAUCUUUGAACACAUAUUAAAUGAUAUUUCUUAUACUCUUUUAUUCUAUAUAUAUGGAUAUUUACUAAUCAUUUGGUAUUCUAUGUAUGCUGAAAUAAGUUUUAAUAUAUCAAAUCACGUAAAAUAUUAACCUUUUCUUAGAACAACAAUGAAAAUAAUUAAAAAAAUAAUACUACUAAAUUGAUUUGCAAACAUUAUAAAAAAGUAGUUAAGCUGAGAUUAUUUUUAGAAUUUUUUAUUUAAUUAGUACUCAGUAUAUUUACAGGUAAACAUUUAAAUCAAUAUUAAUAGGAUUAAGACUCGAGAUAGAGUAUCCUUAUUUUGCUAUGCUAUGUUAUUCUUUUCUUCUCAUUAAUUUUUUUAUAUUUAUUUUUGAAUUUGCUAUAUAUGGGAGAAAACUGUAAAGUUGUAUACAUAAGUAACUUAAAUAAUUUUACAGUUAAAAAAAAAAGAAAAUAAUGAGUUUGAUGAGCAUGAAAGAGGAAUUAUAAAAAUAAUUAGAACAAAUUUAAGCUGAUGGAGCAAUACAGUAGAAUAGUCAAAUUAAAAAAGUUGAAAAUUCUCCUCAAAAAUCUUUAAGAAGACCAAGUGAAGAUAUACCCUAAGUUGUAGUACCUAGUCAAAAGGAUAGAUUAAGGAAAAAAAAUGUUACUUUCUGCAAAAAUAAUUCAAGCAUUAUGUAUUAUAGAUAAGAGAGUCAACAAAACAUUAAAAUAAAAAAUGAGAUUAUAGAAGUCAUAGCAGAAUAAACAGAAAAUUCUGAGAGAGGAACUAAUGUUGUUUAAAAUAUCAAUAAUGAAAGUUGUUGUUUAGAUGAGUAAAUAAAAGAAAUCGAUUGGAUUUACAAUAAAUAAGAUUAAGAAAUAAUGUAAAAUACAAUUUAAAUAAAACUGAAAAUUGUAAGGGAUACAAAAGAAAAGGUUCAUAGUGAUUAAGAGAAUGUUAUACCUCAAAAAUUAAAUAAUAAAAAAUAAAUAGACUCAAGCAAUUUAAGUGAUCUAAGCUAAGAUUAAACUUAUUACACUUAAAUAGGAUAAUAAAUUGAUGUUUAUGAACAAUAAAAAUAUUUAGAGGAACAAUAAUUAUAAUUAAAAUCUAGUAGUUUAGAAGCUGAUAAAAAUAUCCUUUCUUAAAUAAUGCUUUUAGUAUCCUUAGGAAUUAUAUAUGAAGUAAUGUUUGGAAUCAUGAGCAUAAUUGCUCUGAUUAAUGAAGCAAUAUAUUCAACUCCUAUUGGAACUAUUGUUUAUUUAUAUGUCUCUAAUUCACUUUAAUUCUUUUCAUUAUUGAAUGUACUAAAAUUAUUUAAGGACUUCUAUAAUCAAUAAAUUAAAAAUUUGAUUUGGAUUUCAAAAAUUGGAAGCAAAAAGACAGACUUGAAUUAAAAUUAUUCUUUCAUAAUACCAUAAGAAUAUAAACAAGAUGAUGAAAUGUUAAAAAAGUUUGAAAGCAGGAUAAAUUUGAUCACUUUAUAUUGA